UUGUACGCCAAUUGAACAAUAAAAUGUCGAUCGGACGGAUGUCGGAGUUUAAGUUAAGUGGGUCGAACUGGAAUACCUACAUUUCCAGAUUUGAGCAGUACUUCAUUGCUAAUAAAAUCGAAGAAGAAUUGAAAGUAAAUACACUGUUGGCUGUCGUCGGGGAAGAAAUGUUCGAGCUGAUGAUCGAUUUGUGUAACCCGGACAAACCGGAGGAAAUUACUUACGAGGCAUUUUUCAGAUUACGCAAGCAAGAGCCCGGCGAAUCUUUAGCGCAAUAUUCAGCUGCACUUAAAAAACUAGCUAAAACAUGCCAAUUUGGAGACAGUUUGGAAGACCACUUAACUGACCAAUUCCUAUAUGGCCUCCGAAGUGACAGCAUUCGUCAACAACUUUUCACCGAGAAAGAUUUAAAUUACAUUAAAGCAGUAAGGAUUGCCUUAAAUAUGGAGGCCGCAGAGAAAAAUUCUCUCAUGGUGGAGGAAGCAAAGUCCUCGUCGAUGGCGUUGGUAGCAGUUCACAAAGUUUCAGGCAGAGGGCAACUUUAUUCUGAGCUCAAUGUCUCAUUUGCAGCUGCCAACAUGUCAGAUGAUAAAGACCAGGCUAAGGCUGAAAAGCCAGAGAAGCCAAAGGGCUCCUUCAAAGCCAAAUUGCUGGGGGAGGUCCAGCUGAUGACCAACGACGAAAGUCGUUUCAUGGGAGAGUCAGGAUUCUCUAAUCAAUGA